GGGGGGCUCUUGUUUUUCUCUCUCUCUCUCUUUUUCUCCUUCUCUCUCUCUCUCUCUCUCCCCCCCUUCUCCUUUCUCUCCGCGGGCUCGAGCCGUCCUUCUUGGCCGCAGUCAUGGAGGCAGACGGGAGUCAAGCCAUCUCGGGCAGCCCCAGCGACUCGCAGCACGACCCCGGUAAAAUGUUUAUUGGCGGCCUGAGUUGGCAAACCUCCCCAGAUAAUCUUAGAGAUUAUUUUAGCAAAUUUGGAGACAUUAGAGAAUGUAUGGUCAUGCGGGACCCAACAACAAAACGCUCCAGGGGUUUUGGUUUCGUUACAUUUGCUGAUCCUGCAAGUGUUGAUAAAGUAUUAGCUCAAGCUCAUCAUGAAUUAGAUUCCAAGACGAUUGACCCCAAAGUUGCAUUUCCCCGAAGAGCUCAACCUAAGAUGGUCACAAGAACAAAGAAAAUAUUUGUAGGUGGAUUAUCAGCUAAUACAGUAGUGGAAGACGUAAAGCAGUACUUUGAACAGUUUGGCAAGGUAGAAGAUGCCAUGCUUAUGUUUGACAAGACCACCAACAGACACAGAGGAUUCGGCUUUGUAACUUUUGAGAAUGAAGACGUGGUGGAAAAAGUCUGCGAAAUUCAUUUCCAUGAAAUCAAUAAUAAAAUGGUGGAAUGUAAGAAAGCACAACCUAAAGAAGUGAUGUUUCCACCAGGGACACGAGGACGAGCUCGCGGAUUACCAUAUACCAUGGAUGCUUUUAUGCUUGGCAUGGGAAUGUUGGGUUACCCAAAUUUUGUUGCAACCUAUGGCCGAGGAUAUCCUGGAUUUGCCCCCAGUUACAGUUAUCAAUUUCCAGUGCUUUCCGUGGGAUCUUCAAUCAAACCCAGUUAUCCAGGUUUUCCAGCAGCGGCCUACGGACCAGUAGCAGCAGCAGCGGUGGCAGCAGCCAGAGGAUCAGGGAUCCCCGAUUAUGGUUUCUAUUCUCCGCCCGGUGACCAACGGGCUCCAUUAUCGUAUGCGGACUAUGAUUCCAUGGGGCCUCGGGUGGCUCAGAUGCUUCGUAGCGAGCACCCUGCUUCAGCGAGUAACUCCCCCCUCCACCACCUUCCCAGCCCGGAUCAGUUUAAAAGCCCAGUCUUGAAUAGCUACAGUGCUCAACCGAAUUUUGGCGCACCCGCUUCCCCGGCAGGCUCCAAUCCAGCCCGGCCCGGAGGAUUUCCAGGGGCAAACAGCCCGGGUCCAGUUGCAGACCUCUACGGUACAGCCAGUCAAGACUCCGGUGUGGGUAACUACAUAAGUGCUGCCAGCCCCCAGCCUGGCUCUGGCUUUGGGCAUGGAAUUGCUGGGCCUUUGAUUGCAACGGCUUUUACAAAUGGAUACCACUGAAACGUUACACAGGGUUGGUUGCCAUCUCACUUGGAGAGUAUAUCUGGAUGUCCAGGCAAGACAGGGCGAAGUUUCUGAAUGGUUCCAUGUUUAGGUGACACAUCUUCAGACUUUGACCAUUGCACCAUCAUCAGUAACCCACACAAACUGGAGGUGACACUCAAUGGAUAUGGGUUGUCCAAAAUCGGUAUCAUCUCAUGAACCUGCUGUACUAUAUAGAACAACAGCUUUUUAAAACAAAUGUGUAUAUAUAUAUAAUCCAUUUUUGUUCAUGUUAUUAUUUUUCUUGAUGUUUUUUUCCCCUUUGAGAUCUAUUUUAAUCACUUUUUUGUAGUAUUUUGACAUAGGCUUAUAAUCAAAGUAGAUCUGCUACUUUGCGUAUUUAGGAAAACCCUAACCAUACACUAUAUCUUAAAGGUUUCUUUGCUUUGCUUUUUAAUCCCUUUCUCUAUUUCUUUCUUUUUAUGUAAUUUUGUUGCUGAAAUGGUAACAUGAUUUUCAGUUUAUUGGUACCAAUUCUGAAAUUGAGAAGGCUUUUUUCAGGUGGAAUUUAGCACACGCUGAAUUUAGAAUUAGAGCAAGCGAGAAAAGUAAGUGGAAAUACUCUCUUUUAUGCUGGAUGGGAAGUAGGAGGCUGGCGCAGUAGCAGGAUCUCUAGCAGUUCUUUUUAUUAGUUAACCUAAUUAUAUCUAUUUUCGGCAAUAAAGUAAGGACCACAAAAUUUUUUGUGUCCUUUUUCUAUAAGUGCAUUUUUUUUGUUGUUAAAAAAAAAAAAGAGGCGAUAAGGUUUUUUGAAAUUGUGAAAUCUAAAAAAAUAGUAAUACUGUAAAUACAAUUCCAUUAACUUGCAUAUAAACUAUUAAAGCAGAGAAAUUGUAAUAUUUUUGUGAUGGAGUCAGAUUAAGGCAGUUUCUGUACUGAACAGAAGAAAAAGAUUAAAAUUUGGGGCACACAUCCCAACAGGAAUCUUCUCUUCUGCAAGACUUUUUAUAUGAAUGGAAAAUGCAUGAGGGCAUUGAGGUCCUCACUCAAUUCCCAUUUAUCUCGCCAGCGCACGCAGGGAACAUUUCUGCUGGAUUGUGCCCCAACGUUUUUAAACUUUUGAGAUCGACUGCCAGAGCUGGCCCGUAGCAGUUAGAUCAACACUGUUUUAGCUUGCUCUGUAGAUGUUAGACCUUAUAACUGUACUAGCGUCAUACCAGCAUAUUAACUAGACCUCUGUGCACAGCUUUGAAAGUAACAGUCUAGUUACAUUUUUUAAGUUAAAAAAACAAAAAAAAACCACCCUGCUUUUCCCAAGAUUGAAAAAGCUACAUUUUUAAUAUUUAAAAGGUAUUUAAAGUUUCAAGCACACUUUUUUUAACCAUUUAGAUCACCUGACUGUCCAUCCAUCUCCGUCAGCCUCUCCCCUCCGUGGCCUGCAGCCUUUGCACCAAGGCAGUCUUGAAGUCUUGGAAGCUCCCAGCUGUGGGGAGGGGCAGUUAAAAGCAUGCAUCUUCUCACCUUUUUUUACCCAUCCUUUUUUUUUCCCCAUCCUUUUCUAAUUCACGAAUUAGAAAAAGAAAAAAAAAAGCAAAGGUUUAUUUUAAACAAAUCGUUAUGAAUACCUCAGUGCUACAAGUUUGUCACCCUAGAGGCAAGAGAAGCUUAAUUUAUUGUAGAUGAAAACAGAUUUGAAAAAAAGAAAAUGUAUAAAAAAACAUCAUUGCACUGUGACUGGUAGGGGAAAACUGACAAUUUCCGAUUUGCACAUGUUUAAUGUUUGGCUGUGAUAUAUAUGGUCCUCUGCUGGGGAGGAGACUUAUGAAGGAUAUUUUUUAAUUUAAUUUUUUAAAUAUGGGUCAAAUAGGCUGGCAACAGCAACUCCAAGUACAACACAGUAGGUGAUAUUACAAGCAUAACUAUAGUGUGGAUAUAUUCUUUUUUUAAGCAUUAAUAUUGACAAGUUUUAUUAAUAUUUUUUUAAAUUGUUACGUUUAUAAAUUUGGUACUCUAGGUACAGCCAGAAUAAGACACUGAAUGAGACAUUUGUUAAGAGAAAAAAAAAGCUGCUGCACUCCUAUUUUUGUAAAAUUUUACUAACCAGUAGGCUAACAUAGAUGUUCAAUAGACAAGUUACAGCAAAGCAUCUUCAAUUACUCACGGAGGCACCACAAGGCGAACUGUAAGGAGGAGGGGAAGAAUCUUAACCCCCCCCCCCCAAUUUUUAAAGUAGAGAGCAAAAAUGAGGUGUUUUGCUGGAGGGGGACGGCUGUUGUAUGUUUUAAGUUUUUAUUUUCUUCUUUGGAAAAACAAAAAAAAACAGGUUUAAAAGCCAGAAUGCUGGACGCUUUUUAAAGUUAUUGAGACUUGAUCAAGUAGUACACUAAAAAAAUAAAAAAUAAAAAAUGAAAUGAAAUAAAUAGAAGGAAUUAAUCACAAACUAAUUCCCUGAGACUCGAGUGUGUUUUUACAAAAAAAAUUAAAAAAUUAAAAAAGAGCGAGAGAAAAAAAAAAGAAGAAAAAAGUCAGGGAUUUUUUUUUUAUUAUUAUUAUGAUUACAUUUUAAUCAAGAUAGACGCCAUCCAUGUGCAGCCCUAUCAGGAGUUCCUGAAGGUGGAUUUCCUUUUAAACGAUGGAGCUCAUUUGGAUUUUCACAGAGCUUCCUUGGUGGAGUUUCUGGGAACAGUGUGCCUGUACUGUAGACUAUCAUGUGUUUCUCCUCCUCCUUCUUCGGUCUCUGGCACCUCAUAGAAGAUUCUUUGUUGAUCAUUGUUGUAUGUUAAUAAUGUAUAAAAAUGACUAUCUUGUAAGAGUGCUGUCCUGAUUCUAGUGUAGUGACACCCUUCCACACAUACCCCUUUCUCUUCUCUUCCUCUUCCAGUACAUAUUGUAGUUGUAUUGUAAUUAAGGUUAAAUACAUAGAUGUAGUUAUUCAGAUUUAGGACCAGUAAGGAUAGAACUUUCUCUUAUUUAAGGCAAAAAGAAAUGCUAAUAAUUUUGGGGCAGGUUUUUGUUUUUAUUUAAUUUCUUUUUUUCGCUCGUUUACUUUCUGCUGAUCUCAUGUGGUUUCAAACUAACCAAAGGCUUCACAAUAUAGAAAGAAAAAAGAAAGGAAAGAAAGAAAGAAAGAAAGAAAGAAAGAAAGAAAGAAAGAAAGAAAGAAAGAAAGAAAGAAAGAAAGAAAGAAAGAAAGAAAACAUUGGCAAAACUACUGCGGCAUUUUGCAGAUUCCCCCACCCUUCAACUUUUAUUAAAAAAAAGGGUGUGCCAUACUACCUUAAACGCUAAUGCUAGAUAUGCAAAACUGGAUUUUUUUAGUUUAUUUUUUAAAAUAAAAAAAAGGGAGGCAUGGUAUAAUGAAAUGAUUUUGCAAAGAGAAAAAAAAGUAUUUUUUUAAAAGAAAGAAUACUCCGAAGAAAAGUUGAUAAUCUCUGUGAAUAUGUUUUAGAUAGUUCUAUACCUUCUGGAUGCCCAGAGCACAACUUGUGUGGAACCUGGUAUAUUUUUUAGGUGACUGCCUAGAGUAAGGUUCAUUUUCUUCCCUCAAACUCAUCUAGACGUCCAUACUAACAGAUUUGAGAAUUUGUUUCCAUUUGGGGAAAUUAAUUUUAAACUCAGACGGUUCAGCCGCAACUUUAUUUUAGUCAAGAGAACGGACAUACCUUGCCAUCCCAGCAUUGUACUGUUCCGAAUCUCAUUUGAAAAACAUUGCCUUGUUGGGAGGGUGAGGGGGGGGUCUGCAAAAUUCAAGAUGGCAUCCACCACAACCAUGUGAUCGUAGCCCUGCUCCAUUUGUACGUACCUCGCAAAUGGUUGGGGCUUUGAUCACAUGGUUGUCGACUCCAUCUCGAUACUCUUCUUUUGGAGUUAACAAAAAUCAAAGUGCAGUUCAAUGGUGCAAAACCCACCAUUAGUAUACAACAGUAGUGGCGGUGAAAUGCACUUACCUGCGCUAACAGUUCGGGAGUGUGAGCUUGCACGUGGUAGGCGGAGCCUCCCACUACCGGUUUGCACGAGCUGGAUAGCUCCGGCUGGAUUUCACCGCUGAACUGUAGAUACUUUACACCAGGGGUGUCCAACCUUGGCAACUUUAAGACCUGCAGACUUCAACUCAGAAUUUCCCAGCCAGCAUAAUUGGAGAAUUCUGGGAGUUGAAGUCCACAGGAAUUAAAGUUGCCAAGGUUGGAUACCUCUGCUUUACACAUUUCCAUGGAGAGCAUUGAAAAAUGCUAUUUUGUGCCUCAAACCAAGUUAUAUAUUGAUAAAGCAAUUGGGAUAUCAGAAACCCAGUAAGAGGUGUCAGAAGGAUUUGAAAAAAUUAGAAGUCAUGUAGAGUAGUGAAAUACACUUUGUUCUGUUUUGUUUGUUUUUUUGCUACUUACUUGAACAAAAGGGCCAGAAUUUCACCCCUAGGCUGUUGGAGUUUUUAGUUCGUCUGGUUUCUCUUCCCGCCAAAGGGGAAAAAACAACUUCUCAUCCAAUUUUCACUUGGAAGUUGACUUGAUUAAAACAAAGAGCAACCUGUCCCUUUUUUUUAAUUUCCUAUUUGCAUAAUGUUUCUUUUGAUUUGAAUUAGUAGCUUGGACUUUAAGGUAGCAUGGCUCUCUUGCUGUAAUUUUUCUUUCUCUUGUACAGCAGUAUAUACGCAAGCUGAUGAAUGUGACACAUCCUGCUAGGCUAGUUGAAUCAUUGGGUAAUUGUUGGUAAAUAAUAAUGACCUGAAAGGUGUACAGACUUUUAAUUUACUUUUCCACCCGGCCAUUAACCCUGCACAGCUCUUUCAGUCUGAAGUAUGAAUGUGGGCUAGGGACUCCAGUCACCAAAAACAUCCUGUUUCAUUUUCCAUCUAAUUCAAUGCAAGACACACAAAAAAGACUAAAGCAAUAUAGUUUUACUACAUUUUUCCUCAAAUGUCAGCCAUGGUUAUAUAAUAUAUAUAUAUUGCAUAUAAAAUUGUUUACAAAAAAACACUAACUACUUAUUUUUUACUCCUUAGUGUAUUUGCUUGAAAGAUUUCCUACCUGUUUUUGGUUUGGGGUUGUGUUUUUUUUCUGCCAAGUAAAAUGGUUGAAAAAGCAGACUGAAGCUGGUCUAACUAUAUUUUGAGUGACGGGGGCCUUAGACACACUGGCAGAUUCAAGAAAAAAAAAUCUGCAUCAAUACACUGUAGAGUUUCAUAAAAGGUGCAGAAUCUAAUUCCAAUCCAUUUCUCACCGUGUGCAAGCACUACAUGAGAUUCUGCCAGCUAAGCAAUACUUUAAUACUGUAAUAAGAAUUCUACCAAAAAAUAAAAAAUAAAAAAAUAAAAGUUCCGAAACAAAGCUGUUUGUUCGCCAAUAACCAAACAAUCAGAAUGUAUUGUCUUUACAGAAUUUUGUUUCAAAACGAAUAAAGCAAACUGAAGUCACCCAUACUAUAUAACCUGUGUUCUGUAUAUAAGCCACCACACCGUGGGAUGUAUCAUUUUGAAUUCUAGUGAUAGCAGAUAAUCUCAUUAUGUAUGUUGUACAUGUCUUGGAAUUCCAUCAGUAACCCAAUGUAAAGUUUCAGCAUUUUCAGAUAAUUCUAAAUUUUCAGCCUUCCCCAGCCAGGUGCCCUCCAACUACGCUGGGGCGUCAGCUCUCACAAUCCCAACAUAUUUGGACAGACCUUGCUGGAGAAGGAUCCUCUAAAGGUAUUUAAUCAGCAGUGACACAGUGGCCAGGCCUAGUCCCUUCCUUUUAUAUUUUAGUAUGAACUGAUGCGAACUUUGGUAGUGAUUUUUUAUAUACAUAUAUAAAUAUAUAUAUAUACACACACACACAAACACACACACACGUGUGUAUAUAUAUAUAGAUAUAUAUAUACACGUGUAUCUAUAUAUAUCAAGCAUCUUUCAGGUCUCUGUGUAUGGCUUUCUGAAGCCCUGUUGUAAAAAUACUACAUGGAUGGGGGUCUCUCACAUCACAGAUGUGGAAAGUAUAAUUUUAUAUUUGUAUUUUCAAAUAAAUAAGUUUGUGAAAGGUUUCCAUCCUCUACUGUGGUCCAGAAAAUCAAUGUGUUUGUCUCAGAAAAAAAAUAAAUAAAAAAAAACCUGUUUUGAA